AUGGGAAUGUAUCUGCCGCUGCUGCUGUUGCAGUGUUAUCUCCUGACGAGCUUCGUGUGCAGCGCCGUCGCCUUCGUGGAGGAGCCCUCCGGAGGCAGGUCGGACGGGUACUGCGGGCGGAUCCUCCGGGCGCAGACCCAGGGCACCCGGCGGGAUGGACACCACGAGUUCAGGCUCCGGGUGGAGCGGGACCCGGAGACCUACGAGCCGGGCACCACCUACAGAGUCGUGCUCCUGGCAGCCAGCCCGAAUUACUUCCGAGGCUUCACCCUCAUCUCCCUGAAGGAGGGCCGGGAGGGCACCACGGACCAGGACUACACCGGGCAGUUCCAGAUCAUCGAUGAGGACGACACACAGUUCAUGAGCAACUGCCCCCCCGCGGUGACGGAGAGCACCCCCCGCAGACGCACCAGGAUACAGGUGUUCUGGACAGCGCCACCUACUGGGACCGGCUGCGUUAUACUAAA